AUGAAUUUAAGACUGAAAAACUCUAACUAUUUGGUUGGCAAUAAUGACAUUACUAGAUUAAGAAGAGCUAGACUUAUUUAACCUAGUCAACCUGAAUCUAAAUCUUUAGCAACUGUUAAAAUGAAUUUAUCUCCAGAACUCAAACCUAAAAAAUAAAAAACUAUUCAUCAAGAUAGUGUCUAAGAUGAAAACAUAAUCAAUUAGAAAUAAAAUGAAAAAAACAAAAUUUAUUAAGCAAAAUUAUAAGAAUUAUUAAGUCUAAGAAAAAGUAUAGAAUUAUUAAUAAUAUGAGGUAGCCUAACUCCAUUAUUAAAAUAAUAAAUUAAUAGACAACAAACAAUUAUUAAACAUUAACCAGAUUUUAUGAAAGACCAUGACUUAUAUAGCAAGAUUAGAAGAUAAAGCAUUGAAAAUCUAUAAACCUAAGAAAAAUCAAAGAAUUUUGUUUUAAAGUCCUAAUAAGAAUGUACUCAAAAAAAAAGAAUUUAUACUAAUAAUUUUAAAUCAUCCAGUUAUAUUAAUGGAGCACCUAUUUUAAAUAGAAGUGUUUCAUAAUUUACUUGUUUAACUCCAAAAAAAAAAGAUAAUAAUUCAUUUAGUUAUUUAUAAAAGGAAUGUAUUAAAAAGUAAAAAUUUGAAGGUCUGAUCAAUUUAUUUAUUAACAUAAAUAUUGAAAAUUUAGUUAUAGCUUUUAAUUCUAUCAAAAGUAAAGCACCUAUGUUACCAUUCAUCAAAGAACUUGAAAGAAGAAAGGAAGAUUUCUAAUAAAAAAGGUUUUUUAUUUAAUUAGUUAAAGCUUAAUGA